AUGGACCGUGAUGAUGUCUUGCCGCCACCUGUGGAAGUCCUGGAGUCGUGUCGCAUCUUUGUCACAUCUUACUUCCAGCUAGGCUUCAUCCCAAAGACCAUCUUCCUAGAAAGCCUUAGAAAAGACCCAAACUCGGCGAGUAAAUUCCUUUUGGCAUGUAUCCUGUCCAUAUCUGCACGCUUCACACCUUCCUUAAUCCAGAGAUAUGGAACUCCUGCAAACGCCGCGAAUCACUUUAUGGAAGUUGCCGACGCUAUGGUUCCCACGGAGAUGUACCAGCCAUCUCUCGCCCGCAUCCAAGCUUUUUUCCUUCUAGCUAUAUCCCAGUGGGGAAAUGGGAGCCGCCAUAAAUCCAUGAUAGAUAUGGGGAUCGCUGUGAGGAUGUCUGCCAUUCUAAAACUUCACUGCGAGGAGACAUAUUACGUGGGCCCGAAUAGCACGUCGAAUCAGGUGAUCCGCUCUGAGAGUGCUCGGCGCGUCUUCUGGAUGAUACAGAGCCAGGAAAACCUCCAUGCCGGAUAUAACACUCCAACUCCGGUACCACUCGAGACCAUCACCACGCUGCUUCCCUGUAACGAGGUAGACUUUGCUUUUGGGACUAUACCCGUUGAACGAUCUGCCCUGCCAGGUACACCUCCUGCUCUCAUAGAUCCAAACCUUGUCUAUUCUCCAUCAAGAUGCCUGUUCGCAAGCUUAGUGCAGGUUCACGGUCUCUGGGGGCGCGUGGCCAGAAGGGCACGUCGGUCGGAUCAAAUCAUGUGCAGAGUCCCGCCAUGGGACAACCAGAGCGAGUUCCAGAAAUUAACCGCCGAAUUGAACAAUUGGGAGGCUACUCUACCCGCCAGGCAUACGUUUUCUUUGGCGAACUUGAGGGGUUGGAAGGGAGAGUCUCUACAAAUGGCAUAUCUAUCUGUUACCAUGGUCCUCCGUCUCUCCAACAUCGUCGUUCGUCGUAUUUACCUCGAGGAUAUGGUAGCUGAGCUCAGUCCAAAUGAUGGAAACGAACCUCUGGAGCCUCAGACGCCGACAAUGGGCAAUGCAAAUGACAGCCGAAGACCAUCUCUUAGCGGAAGUCCAUUUGCCGAGGGGGCACAACCUUACAUCGCCCCAACAUACGGGGGUUCACCUCCAGGGUUCUGGAAAAGCCUCUCGGAUACACUCUUCCAGGAUGUAUGGAGAAUCCACGAACAGAUAGACGCCUACUUCAAUAUGCGCUCCGCCAACGAGGGAUUCCCUCAGAUCCUCGUUUUCUGCGUGUACAUGUGUGGCUGUCUCAGCUCCCACCUGAUGCGAUAUCCUGCCCUCUGCCCAAGGAUCGCAGCGAACGGCCUAGCAGAGAGGAUGGCCGAAAAGUGUUUAGAAGUGCUUAAUGAGCUUUAUCUCUCCUGGCCAACGAGCUCGAAGUGGCAAAGGGGGCUGCAGCGCAUCGCCACUCCAGUGCAGAGUAAGAGCCCUGGCACAGAUGUCGACAUCCCCCAGCAGCACCCAUUCAACACGGCUCCUGAAACAUCGAAUAGUGAAGUGUAUAGGACGCCUGUGCCGCUUAUGUCACAAGCAUUUGCGCCGGAUCAUUUCCAGCAGCAAGGGCCGGGAGCUAGAUAUCAGACGUCGGUCCAGGACCCGAGGCCUGAUGCGAUGCUGGGUGAACUGUUUAACGCGCUUCCCCCGGGGAAUCAGCUGUCCAGGCUUGGCAAGGCAUCGACUCAUUUAAAUGCAAACGAACUUUUAGAAAUGGAGAUAGAGGCUUUCAUUUAG